GCUUAUAAAAAGAUGAUUCGCACUCACUCACAAGAGAAUCUUUACCCAUCAAUUCAAUAAAGAAUUAUAUCAGCGCAAUUUAUAUUCUUCACUUUCACAAAUAUGCUUAGCUACUAACUUACACCACAUGGCUUUCCAUCAGUCUCCUAAUUUUACUAUCUCGUCUUCUUCUCUGUCAGCAGGUGCUAUUGACCCUAGAUCAAAAUUCGUUACAGAAGCCAAAACCACCAGUCUGCACCUUGAGAGGACUAAAGAAAGAAUUAAUAAGAUGUUUGAUAAGGUUGAUCUCUCUGUUUCUUCGUAUGACACUGCUUGGGUUGCUAUGGUCCCAUCUCCGGAUUCCCCUCAGGCCCCUUGUUUUCCGCAAUGCAUAAAUUGGUUAUUGGAUAAUCAACUCCAUGAUGGAUCUUGGGGUCUUCCUCAACGUCCUUCCUUGUUAGUUAAAGACGCUCUCUCGUGUACCUUAGCAUCUGUCCUUGCACUGAAGAGGUGGGGUAUUGGUGAAGAAGAGAUGAAUAAAGGCAUCCAAUUUAUUGAGUCAAACUUUGCUUCAAUUAAUGAUGAGAAGCAACAUACACCUGUUGGAUUUGAUAUAAUAUUUCCUGGAAUGAUUGAAUGUGCCAAAGAUUUGAAUUUGAACCUUCCUCUGAGAACAACAGAUAUCGAUUCCAUGCUUCACAGAAGACAAUCAGAGCUUAGAAGAAGAAACUUGGAAGGAAGGAAAGAGUACUUGGCAUAUGUUUCGGAGGGAUUGUGGAAAUUACAGGACUGGGAAAUGGUCAUGAAAUAUCAAAGAAAGAAUGGUUCGCUGUUUAAUUCUCCGUCUGCCACGGCUGCUGCUCUUUCUCACAUUCAGAAUGCCGGUUGCCUUCAUUAUCUCUGCUCUGUCUUAGACAAGUUUGGAGAUGCAGUCCCCACAGUUUGUCCUUUUGACUUGUCUGCUCGUCUUUUUAUGGUUGAGAGUCUUGAAAGUUUGGGAAUUGAUCGACAUUUCGAGAACGAAAUCAGAAGAGUAUUGGAUGAAACAUAUCGAUGCUGGCUGCAGGAAGAGGAAGAGAUACUUUUAGAUCCUGCAACUUGUGCCAUGGCAUUCCGGCUGUUACGUGUUAAUGGUUAUGAUGUCUCUUCAGAUCCAUUAACUAAAUUCGCUGAAGAAGACCAGUCCUUCAAUUCACUUGGAGGAUAUUCGAAGGACACUAGUGCUGUCCUGGAGUUAUAUAAAGCUUCACAGAUAACCAUAGAUCCUGAUGAAUUCCUUCUGGAGAAACAAAAUUUAUGGACUCGUCGUUUCCUAGAACAGGAGUUAUCUAGUGGAUCAUUUUAUUCAGAUAGACAUGGUAAACAGGUUAGCAAACAGGUGGAAUAUGCGCUUAAGUUUCCCUACCAUUCACAAUUGGAACGUUUAGCACACAGGAGAAAUAUAGAGCACUACUCUGUUGAUGAUAUGAGGAUUUUAAAAACUUCAUAUCGCUCUUUGACUAUUGCCAAUGAAUACUUCCAACAUCUAGCAGUAGAUGAUUUCAAUAUUUGCCAAUCAAUAUACCGUGAAGAACUCAAACAGCUUGAGAGGUGGGUUGCAGAGAACAGAUUGGAUAGGCUAAAAUUUGCAAGGCUGACGACGGUCUAUGCUGAAUUCAUUGGGGCUGCGACCCUGUUAUCUCCUGAAUUAUCUGAUGCCCGCAUAUCAUGGGCCAAAGGUAUUGUUCUUACAACUGUCAUUGACGACUUCUUUGAUGUUGGAGGUUCUCUUGAGGAAUUGGUAAACCUUGUACAAUUGGUUGAGAAGUGGAAUGUAGAGGAAGGCAUCAAUUGUUGUUCUGAAGAAGUGGAGAUCAUAUUUUCAGCAAUUCACAGAUCUAUUUGUGACACUGGGGACAAAGCAUUUAUGUCACAAGGACGUGACGUGACAACUCAUGUCGCUGAAAGUUGGUUGAAUUUGCUGAAGUCUCAGUUGAAGGAGGCUGAGUGGUUGAGAAACAAGUCACUUCCGACAGUGGAUGAAUAUAUAGAAAAUGCAUGCGUAACAUAUGCCUUAGGGCCAAUAGUCUUUCCUACCAUGUAUUUAGUUGGGCCUAAGCUUCCCGAGGAAUUGGUUACACAUCCUGAAUUUCAUAAACUAUAUAAGCUUGCAAGCAUCUGCGGGCGUCUACUCAAUGAUAUCCAAAGUUUAAAGAGAGAAUGCAAGGAAGAAACACUGAAUGCUGUGUCGUUGCAAACGAUUCACAGUAAAGGUGUUAUUGCGGAAGAAGAGGCCAUUGAAAAUUUGAGAAGUGUUAUUAACAGCAGUAGGCGAGAGCUACUGAGAUCAGUGUUGCAAGAAAAGGGAAGCAUAAUUCCAAGACCUAUCAAAGAUUUGUUUUUGAAAACUAGCAAAUCAUCUCAUUUAUUUUACAUGGAAGAUGAUGGUUUCACUUCCGAUAGCAUGAUGAAUUUUGUCAAUGAUCUUAUUCAAGAACAACUAUGUGUUAAUAAAUUGUAG